AUGGAGGAGGAGGUCUAUGCGAAUGUGAGCAAUUUAGAACUGGAGGAGAUUCAGGAUACCAGCACUAAAAGAACAACACCAGACCAGCAGCCAGAUGAUAGAACAGGAGGCAGACGCUCCAGACUGGCUGCAGUGUGUUUGGGGCUGCUGUGUGUUCUUCUGCUGAUCACCAUCAUUGUGAUCUGUGUGCGCAACGUUAAAGAAAAAGAAGCUAUGGACCAAACCAUCUCCUCUCUGAGUAAGAACCUUACUGCGGAGAGAGAGACCCUCUCAUCCAGCAUUAUGACCCUGACUGAAGAAAGAGAUCAGCUAAAGAACAGCAACAAGGACCUGACUGAAGAAAGAGAUCAGCUAAAGAACAGCAACAAGAACCUGACUGAAGAAAGAGAUCAGCUUAAGAUCCUGACUGAGCAGAAAAAAAAAGACCAGCAGAAUCAUCCUAAGCACACUGUGAAUGACCUGGCAUCCUGGAAGAAGUUUGGAAGCAGUCACUACUACAUCUCUACUGAGGCGAAGACUUGGGAUAAGGCCAGGCAGAACUGCAGAGAGAGAGGAGCAGAUCUAGUGAUCAUAAACAGCAAAGAGGAACAGGAGUUCAUUAAGAGGGAAAAUAAAUACGUCUGGAUUGGUCUGAGUGACGCAGAUGAAGAAGGAGUGUGGAAGUGGGUGGAUGGAUCACCACUGACCACUAAAUACUGGAAUACUGGGGAACCUAACGAUUAUGCUAAAGCAGAGGACUGCGCUGUUUUCAAAGAUGGCAAAGAUACACUGGAGACCUGGAAUGACUUGCCUUGCUGCUAUGAGAAUCUCUGGAUCUGUGAAGCUACACUUCCAUCCUCCUGA